UAUCCACAUCUUCUCCGAUCAACACAGCUGCGGAAGCAAAUUGCCACAUUGUCUCAAGUCUUAAGUCUAACGGAAAACGAAAUGGAUAUUGUGGCCAAAUUCCUUGGCCAUGAUAUAAGGAUCCAUAGGGAAUUCUAUCGACUACCAGAUGAAACCCUGCAGGUUGCCAAGGUGUCCAAGCUUCUCCUUGCAAUGGAAAAUGGCACGUUCUUGAAAUGCAAAGGAAAGAACUUGGAAGACAUUGAUGUCAACCUUGAUGAAGACAUUGUGCUUGAAGGAGAGAGUGACUCCGAUGACGAUGAUGAUAGAGACAAGUCUAACAUUCCAGAGAUUGAUCUUGAGGAGGAGAGUGAUGAUGAAGACGAUGAGUCUUACUUUCCAGAAGAAGAAAAAAAGAAAAAGGGCAUUAAGCAGAGUAGAAAAGGUACAAAUCUUGAAUUCCAUACUAUAUUAUGUUAUGUGUGA